AUGGUCGCCAGUCGUGGAGAUAAUAAACUCCUGUUGGCUGCAGGUCCAUCAGGAUGGAUCGGUCUGCAUCGAGACUCUCAGAACUCAACUCUGUGGAAGUGGUCUGGAGUGGUGGAGACUCCUAUGCCUUGGGAGAAAGCUAUGAAACACUGUAAAACAAAUGACUUCCUUGGUUUGACGUGGGACAAACUCACUCUGGCAGCAGGUGAAAUGGACAGAAAAAAUGUGGUUCAGGGGUGGAUUGGUCUGCGCUUCCUUGGAGACCAGUGGCAGUGGGUCAGUGGCCGCCAACUAGAGUCUGAGACACGGGAGAAGCUCCAGGAGUGUCCAGGGCAGAACCGCUGUGCAGCUUUGUACUCAGACGGCCUGUUGCAGAGCACAGACUGUGCACAGGAACUCCCCUUCAUCUGUGAAUGA